CUCCAAUGAUAUCAUGAAAUUAGGCUCAAAAGGAGGCGGGAGGCGAAGUAGAAAGUGAAAGGAAAGUGUCAAAAGGAGAGCGUGUCCAACUCUGCAACAGAUCAAGACGUCCGCCUGCUGAGCAAGAAUGAGCAUGGCUGGCCACAGUAGCAGCAUGACAUCAUGGAUACUGAUAACCUUCCUGUUGCUUUUGACCUUUUGGAUUCAUCAGUCAAAGGCACGCUGCCAUGACUAUUUCGACACCAACAUAUGGCUGCCUGAUCUUAAACUGGACCUGACACGUAAUGUCACCCUGGUAAACGCGACGAAUGCCAAGGACAUAAUCCUAUGCACUCUGAAGAACGAGCACAAUAAGACGACCAAGGACGAUGUUCUAUAUAAAGUGUUCAACACCUGCCAAAACGACAUGCCUCAGAUGUUUCCAGAGAACAUAAAAUGUGAAGGGGAGAGUGAUGACAAAAUCUCUCUGUAUAACUUCCUGUGCUUGACAGCCAAAGCAUUCGAUUACCCCGAAGGUUGCAAAUUUGAGCCUGUAUGCUGGUUAUACUCUGAAAUAACAGCACCAACAACACCACCAACAUCAACAUCAGUGACUUCAACGCCAACACCACCAACAUCAACGACAUCAAUGCCAACAACACCGCCAACAUCAACAUCAGCGACAGCAACACUGCCAACGUCAGCGACAGCAACACCACCAACAGCAACACCGCCAACAUCAGCGACAGCAACACUGCCAACAUCAGCGACAGCAACAUUGCCAACAUCAACGCAAACAAUACUGCCAACAUCAACGCAAACAAUACUGCCAACAUCAACACAAACAAUACUGCCAACAUCAGCGCAAACAAUACUGCCAACAUCAGCGCAAACAACACUGCCACCGCCACCACCAUCAACAGUAUUGCCAUCAACGACACUUUCACAAACAACAACAGCAACAACAACAGUCCUACAGUCGACAUAUGGGAACGCUUCAUAUAAACCCCAGAAAGAAACAGCCUCACCUAAACCCCCAGAAGGACCAGAUGUGACCCUGAGGAAUAUGUUCAUCAUUUCCCUGUUCCUCAAUCUGGUCCUACCACUGGCUGUUUACUUAUGGAUGCGCACGAAGAUACAAAGCGAGACACCGAGGGUUGUUACCCUGGAACCCUGUAAUGACGCUGAAGCUCAGCCAAUGAGAGGAGCAGAGUCCAGUUCAGAGAGUCACUCCAUCAGACCUUCAGCCAAUACAACUAGGAAUGGAUGCCCUCCUGAUGAGCUGUCGCCUCACUGAAGACCAUACCACGUAUAAGACUUGAUUCCAGCUGUGGAGUGUAACACAGCAUCAGGAUGCUGGACAGAUCAACUCCACACCGCUGGGUGACAGGACACAGAAACUGAAUGCCUGUGGCUCGUAAGUGAACAAGCUCCAGCAUGCCAGUUCAUUCAUCUAUAUAGGAAUCUGUAAUCAACAUCGAGACUGCAAGACUCAAAUGUGAAGACUUCAUUUUUACAGUUCAAAGUCAAAGCCAGGGCAAUGGGACCACAAGGCCAUGUGAAGCUUUGUGUAUACGCUGGCACAAGUUUGUUUUUCCUCCCAUAUGUUUUCUCUGACUAGCAGCAGUUUGGUUUGGGAGCUGACCAGACAGAAACAAACUGUUAUGAAAGAGAUGUUGAUUUAGAGAUUGUUUAACAAAGACAGCAGAGAGAACAACAGGGAAAAAAAAAUAGGUGAAUGAGAUUCUGACCAGUAUUAUAAUCACCAAACCAUUUUACAAAUCACUGUCACAGAUCUUACUGGAUAGUUUGUCUUUUGGUUGAGCCUCAUUAGAACUGAUGUAAGAACCAAAGUUGGCAGACAACUGUGCGCUGCUGUUUGUUUUGUAUCAACCAUGGCAGCACUUGUGUUUGUAUUUAAUGCAUGAAAUGUUUUUUUUUUUGUUUUGUUUUUUUGUACAUUACUGUGCUUAGUGUGAUACAUCAAGGAGGAAUCAGAAGGCACUGCAGCUUUAACAUUAUCAGUGAUGAAGCCAGUUUUCAGUUGUCCAAAUUAAUAAUAAAAAAAGUUUGCAUUUAAAGUACAUAUCACUGCUGGCUACAGGAUUUUAUUUUAUUUUUUUUAUUUUUUUUUUGUUCAUUGCUGGCAAUGAUUUUUAAGAAGCGAGCUGUAAAUGUCAGGCUAUCUCUAGUGCUAUUGUAUGUUAAACUAUAUUGUUGAGAAUUUAUCAGUUUGGCAGCACAUUUGAGAGAUAAAACUGAUUGUCUUUGUCAUGUUGUGAAUAGUAACCAGAACGUCUAAGCUGUCCCUGGUCUGUUUGUAUUAUUUAACUCCAGUAUGGUUUUUUUUUUUUUGUAUGUUUUGUAAAAAAAAAUGUGAAGAAAAUGUUUUCAUUGUGCAUGUAUAUGAAUGUGUUUAUAUCUUCUCUCAAACUUUGCUUAUGUCCGAGUGAAAGCUUUUGCUUCAGGCCUCCUUCAUAUCAGUGUUCUCCUGACAGUUUCCGCUUAUUAAAUAAAGUCAUUCUGUUUGGUGGUGAUGCUUUCUA